AUGAAUAAUCAUAUAAAGGAAUAUUAUUAUUUUAAUACUUCAAUAAACAAAUAUUCAUGUAAAAAAUGUGGAAAAUUUCUUAAAAUUUCAUCAACUAAUGAGAUGACAGAACAUGUUAUUAAAUGUUUUCAAAAAGAAAUUAAAGAAAUAAACGAUAGUGGAAUUAAUAAUGAAAUAGCAUUACAUUAUGAUUUUGUAACUCAAUUUACCAACGAUAAAACUCAUAAAAUUUUAAAAGAAUUCACAGUUGAUAAAGUUACCAAAAAUUUAGUUUGUAACAAAUGCAAUCAUACUUAUUCGCCAAAUUUGCAAAUAUUCACUUUAAAGAAACAUUUUAUGGAUAUUCAUCCUGAUGAUUGGAACGAAAUUAAAAAAGAUAAUAAGAAACAAAAAGUAUCUGAUGAAAAGAACAAUGCUAAUGAUAGCGAAAUUAAAAAAUUAUUAAUCAAAUAUCAUCAAGAAUUAUUGAGAAUUAAAGAAGAUGAAAUAAAAAAAUUAAAGGAAAAAAUAACCAAUGGUGAAUUAGAAUUAUUAGAUUUACUUGUAGAAAAAGUAAAAAAUCGAGAAACAUUUAUUAUAGUUGUAGUAAAACAAUCUGAAUUACCUACCUCAGAAACAGAAUUUAUUAAUAUUUUUUUAAAAGAGAAUUUGGAGCAAUUAAAUAAAUAUAAAUCAUUAUUUAAAUAUAUAUCUGAUGACGAUGAUGAAAAAGAAAAAGCUUAUGUUGUAAUUUGCCAACAGGAUAUUUGUGAAAGAUAUUUACCGUUGGUUGAACAAUCAAUUAAUGAUAAAUAUGAAGCUAUUAAAGAAAAUCAUCAUGUG